CUCCCCUCCCCCCUCUUGUCCUUCCCCACCGCCUGUUCGAUGGAAUGGCGCACCCGCAGAAAAAGAAUUACUCGAUGUUUUCAUGUAUGCUGUCGCGGCUGUGUUGUUAAUGUGAUGCGGCGCUCCUCGUCAGGUGACGGAGAGAGCGUGUUCUUGCUCGCUUAGUUUGUAGCCCAGUUGUUCGAGGGAUUAGGCCGUUUCUUCUUGCUGCAGGCGUCCUGGUCCUUGCUCCUGGACAAGCUAGGGCCAAGAGGUGUGCGGCACGGAGAGAAGGAAUAAGCUGGCUUGAAGAAUAUGGCAUCUCUUACUCCAGGGAUAUUAUUAAAGGUUCUCAAAAAUAUUAACUCUGAUGUGAAAGUAUGUGGAGAAUACCGGUCCAUUCUCUUCCAAGUUAUUAGCAUAGUUCCUGCAAUUACUGGUUCAGAACUUUGGCCAGACCAUGGUUUCUUCAUAAAAGUUUCAGAUUCGUCGCAUUCAACAUAUGUUUCUUUGUCCAAGGAGGACAACGAGCUCAUCUUAUCAAACAAGCUACAACUUGGACAGUUUAUAUAUGUUGAAAAGGUUCAAUCUAGUAUCCCCGUUCCAGUUCUUGUUGGGGUCCGACCAGUUCCAGGAAGGAACCCUUGCAUUGGUAACCCAAAGGAUUUGAUGCAAAUGUCAACUCCCUCCGGGGUUUUGGAAGCACUGGAUAAUCAACGGAAGACUUCCAAAUCAGCUGAUCUGUCUGAAAGUGAAAAGGAAAAUCUGCAGAGGAAGGUAAUCAUCAAAGAGCAGAAGGCCGUUGUUGCUUCCCGUUACAUGCUUGGGGUAUCAAGCAACAAUGGGAAAGUUACCAAUCUGAACUCCAGCAUUGAUAGUGAUAAAAGUAACGGAGACAGUAGCAUAUGUGAAGUAAAUCAAAAGUCCGUUGCUCCAAAAAUCAGACAAGAGGCAAAACCUCAGGAGCGGCCAAAUACUACAUCUCCUAAUCAUUCUAAGUUAGUUUCCGUAAAGCAAGAAAUUAACAAGGACACACGCAAGAAUAGUGGCACUUCACCUAGUCGGAAUGGUUCUGCUGUAUUGAAGAUGCAGAUGCCAAAGGACAGCAAAAAGGAAUCAGCAACUGAAAGAAGAUCACCACCAAAGCUUUAUAGGAGUUCUCCACCAAUGCCAGCGAGGACUUCACCACCAAAGCUCAGUCUGCCAGCAAAGCAGAAUGGUGCCUCCAGUCCAGUUCCUUCUGUGUCUAGUGUUAAAAGAAGAGUUAUGGAAACUGUCUCCUGGGACUCCCUCCCAACAAGUCUAAUCAAAUCAGGAAAGGCUGUCGUCAGGAGGAAGAAUAUUGCUCUUAUAGUAGCAGCUGAGGCUCAACGGGAGGCUACAGCAGCUGCAUCUCUUGUUAAAGGCCUUGGAUUUUUUGCUGAGAUAAGGGAAUCAUCUGAUGUGGAUCCACAUGCUGCAAUUACAAAGUUUUUUCAGCUACACCGGCUUAUCCUUCAGCAAAGUGUUGUUUGGAAAGCUUACUCGGCAGAUUCUAGCAAAGAAUCUCGACCAGAGAAGGAAAAGUCAUCUAGGAAAUCUUCUGUAUCUAAGAACAAAGCUGCUCCAUGCAACACAGCAAAGAAUUCCGAUGAUGUUCAGACAAGUGAAAAGAUCAAAUGGGCCAGAGAGGAUGGUUUCAAGGAGAUAUGCAGGUCAUGGAUUACUCUAAAAAAAGAAUCACAGUCUUGGUUUCUGAGUUUCUUGGAGGAUGCUCUUGAAACAGGAUUCAAGUUCGAGGGUCCAAUUAAGAACACCAGAGAACGCGUACGGGGACAAUCCAAGAUUGGAGAUGGGAAAAUCGCAGUCCGGUUGUCGCAACUCAAGGAAACAAGUAACUGGCUAGAUCAGUUUCAGGACGAGGUGGAUGGAUCAGCGGAUGGUUUGGUUGAAACCAUUGAGAAACUGAAGCAGAAGGUGUACAAGUGCUUACUUGGAACGGUCGAAACCGCAGCUUCAGCACUCGAAGGUAGAGCCGGUUGUUGCUGAAAGCUCUCAUGACAGGAUGCAUUUCUUUCUUUUUGGGCUUGGAACCAGCUGAAGUAUUCUGUGACGAAUACGGCUGCACCCAAGAUCCUGAUGUCAACGGGAGUGAAGAAGAUUCUAAGUUAUUUCAUCUUUACAACGUUACGUAGGGGUGACGACGGAGAGGUGUAAAUAAUCGGGCUCUUCGUUUUAGUUAUAAAUUAAUUUAUUAUUCUUUGUUGCAUUUCCUGAUGUUGCGUGUGAAAUGACUAUUCAUGCUAA